UACAUCACUAAUUAGCAUUGCUGUAUUGAAAAGCUUGGCGGCAUUGUGGAUGUUUGAGAAAUAAUUGAUUUCAAUGGAGGAUUUUCAAAAAAUUGAAAAAAUAGGUGAAGGUACCUAUGGCGUUGUAUACAAGGGGCGCAACAGGCUAACUGGACAAAUAGUUGCAAUGAAAAAAAUUCGUCUCGAGUCCGAUGAUGAGGGUAUACCAUCCACAGCAAUAAGGGAGAUAUCGUUGUUGAAAGAACUAAAACAUCCCAACAUUGUUUGUCUUGAAGAUGUCCUAAUGGAAGAAAAUCGUUUGUAUUUAAUUUUUGAGUUCCUGUCUAUGGACCUUAAAAAGUAUAUGGACUCUUUGCCACCAGAAAAAACAUUAGACACUGAGCUUGUAAGAAGUUACCUUUAUCAAAUAACAAGUGCUAUUUUAUUCUGUCAUCGAAGAAGAGUUUUGCAUCGUGACUUAAAGCCACAAAAUUUACUGAUUGACAAAAAUGGUAUAAUAAAAGUAGCGGAUUUUGGACUUGGGCGUUCAUUUGGUAUUCCCGUACGUAUUUACACCCACGAAAUUGUAACUCUUUGGUACAGAGCUCCAGAAGUUUUGCUGGGAUCUCCGCGGUACUCGUGCCCAGUAGAUAUAUGGUCUAUUGGAUGUAUUUUUGCAGAAAUGGCUACCAGAAAACCACUAUUUCAAGGUGAUUCGGAAAUCGAUCAGCUAUUCCGUAUGUUCAGGAUUCUUAAAACACCAACGGAGGAAAUUUGGCCAGGCGUAACAUCGCUUCCAGAUUACAAAAAUACUUUUCCAUGUUGGUCAACAAACCAAUUACCUAAUCAAUUGAAAAAUCUUAAUAGCGAUGGGCUCGAUUUAGUUCAAAAAAUGCUUAUCUACGAUCCGGUUCAUCGCAUCUCAGCUAAAGACAUAUUGGAACAUCCAUACUUCGAUGGGUUCGAUAAUAAGCUCAUAACACUACGUUGUAAAACGGAUCCCUAAGUUUUCUUAUUUUUACCAUUUACAAACAUAAAAUAUAUAGAUAUUUAAAUGUAAAUUCACAUUUGCUUCUUACCUAAACAUACAUUUAACAUCAAAAUGAGAAUUUGUAAUUUUAUUCCCAAACUCAUUGAAAUUGGCCAAUAAAUAUUUAGGCCAGCAUAAAUGUAAUUUUAGCUUGUAAAAAAUACAAAGUAAUUUAAAAAAAAAAUCAUAAAUAUAAUACUUAGCGUGUAAAA